UAUAUGCCACCACUGUGCUUUUUAUGAAUUUGAACUUACAAGUACUAGCCUAAUUACAUUUGUACCUGAUAUUGACUAAUUUUGGUUAUUUGAUUACCUUUUCUGUAGAAAUAAGUCAGUAGACAUUUUAUUUAGUAUAUCCUGCUUCAAAUAUUCUUUGAUUAGAUGACUUCUAUGACUACUGAAAGCUCUUUAACCACUAAUGUCCAUGUUUUGUAGAAUCCUUUUCAGUGUGUUGAUUUAAAUCUUAGUGAAGUUCAAAAUAUGAUAGAAGAGAUACAUGGAAGAGAUGACAACAAGAUGGGACCUAUGCAAAAUAGAAAACUAUGUAAAGUUUUCAUGAUGAGGUUUUCCUCAGCAACUAUACAUGAGUUUGGACAACAAAACAGAUGAAUGGGUUGAAAAAGACUGUGAUGCAGAAAGAAACAGGCAAGGCAAUGCAAAGCAAAAAAUACCGGUCAGAGCAGAAACAAAAAUACGGACCAUGACCAGUGUGGAUAGAGAAGAUGAAAGACUGUUUGAAAAAUGUAGCGAAGACUGUGAGAAGUAUGCUUUACCUCACCCAAUAAAUGAUGAGCGCAGACAAAAGACAAUUGAUAAAAAGAUGAUACCCUCCAAUACAGUAUGGCAUAAAGCUAAAACAGAAAAAUAUGUCAAGCUUAAGGAGCAAAAAUCUUUUCAGUUGAUAGAAGAUACAGUUGAUAUAUUAUUCAUUGAGGAGGAGGGUAAAAUGAAUAAUUAUAUUAAUCUAAAAGAGGACCUAGAAGAAACUGGAAUGACCAUGAUGUCAUCAAGGGAAGUCAGUCUCCCGGGAAGACCAGUUUUACCUAAGCUAAUCGAGAUUAAGCCAUCAGUGUUUUUGUUAGAGAACGAAACAAUGUGUUGUCUUCAAGCAUACCAACUUCAAGUUGGCUUAAAAUAUCAUAAUAAAGCAACAUGUUUAUUACUAUCACAACUUGAAAGAGUCAAGAAGCCUUCAAUACAAAUUAGAAAAUCUGGUUUAAGUGGAAAUUAUGAAUAUGACCUACUUCUAUGCUAUUGCCCAUAUUGCCCAUAUGACAGAGAAAAAGCCACUAAAAUUAAGAGCUGGAUUAAUGCUGCUAUUGAUGAUGUAAGACUGGAAUUAUAUGAAGAUGUUACCACUCCUGGUCAUUUUCCUUUCUUACAAGCAAGGUCAAAACGUUUUAUCAUACUUAUAACAAGAAAUAUGUCCAGGAAUUUCAUUCAUAAAGUUGAUAUGUUCAUUGUAAGAAUGGCAAGGGAAAAUCAUAUGCCACAGGAUUUAUUUGUGUUACUGGUGGACGACAAGUCUUUAGUUCCACCAUCUUUAAUCCCAAUCAAGCAGAUUCCUCUUCAAGAUAUGGAAGAGAAGAAUCAAGAUUUCAUUGACUGGUGUGAAAGUACAACAGUAUGUUUAUAAGCUUUGCUUACUUGUUGACAGGAAAUUGAAUGAGCAAUAUAUGAUUGUGUUCUAUGUUUUCCUAUUAUUUGUAUUGUGCUUAACUGAGAAUGAGUUUAUUUUGUUAAAAAGAAAAGAUGUUUUUAAAUUAUAUUCAUUCCAGUAAUGCUUAGUCCUGGCCAUGGAAAUGAAUGAUUUAAAUGUUAAAAAGAAAUUUGAAGCAUUUGCAAAGAAUGAAAUGAGUUUAUCCGUAAGGCUAUAUUUUUAAUUGCUUUUUAUUUUUAUAUGUAUAUAAGAUAGAAUAUUUUAAAGUCAUUUUAACCUUUAAAAGUUAUUUAUUAUAUUUUUA